UGAUUGAAACUCUCCUUUCUCGGUCGGGUCUCCAGCAGUGGUUCUCCCGAGAUCCAGCCGCUGGCGGAAAGGAAAGGCCCCUGGUCCUAAAAGGCCUUGCAGCAGCCAGCAGGUUGAAACUUUGAGCCACCUUUUGGAGAACUUAAUAGUUAGGAUUACUUUGCGGGAUUCUUGACAUUUUUGUUUUUUAAAACCCUGUCUGCUUGGGGUCACUCAUCCCUUACGGAGAGUGAACUCUAAUUUGCUGUUCUUAGCUUUGGAGUUCGGCAGUUUUUAUCCCGCUCUCCUGCCUCGGUUUUAUUCUGAGCCAACUCAGCCCAACCAUGGUGAUGUUCAAGAAGAUCAAGUCUUUUGAGGUGGUCUUUAAUGACCCUGAAAAGGUGUAUGGCAGUGGGGAGAAGGUGGCCGGCCGGGUGAUAGUGGAGGUGUGUGAAGUUACUCGAGUCAAAGCCGUCAGGAUCCUGGCUUGCGGAGUGGCCAAGGUCCUGUGGCUGCAGGGGUCCCAGCAGUGCAAACAGACCUUGGACUACCUGCGCUAUGAAGACACGCUUCUCCUGGAAGACCAGCCAACAGGUGAGAACGAGAUGGUGAUCAUGAGACCAGGAAACAAAUACGAGUACAAGUUCGGCUUUGAGCUUCCCCAAGGACCUCUGGGAACAUCUUUCAAAGGAAAAUACGGUUGUGUAGACUACUGGGUGAAGGCUUUUCUUGACCGCCCCAGCCAGCCAACUCAAGAGGCAAAGAAAAAUUUUGAAGUGAUGGAUCUAGUGGAUGUUAAUACCCCUGAUUUAAUGGCACCAGUAUCUGCUAAAAAGGAGAAGAAGGUUUCCUGUAUGUUCAUUCCUGAUGGGCGCGUGUCUGUCUCUGCUCGAAUCGAGAGAAAGGGAUUCUGUGAAGGUGAUGACAUUUCCAUCCAUGCUGACUUUGAGAACACAUGUUCCCGAAUUGUGGUUCCCAAAGCCGCUAUUGUGGCCCGACACACUUACCUUGCCAAUGGCCAGACCAAGGUGCUGACUCAGAAGCUGUCAUCAGUCAGAGGCAAUCAUAUUAUCUCAGGGACUUGUGCAUCAUGGCGUGGCAAGAGCCUUCGGGUGCAGAAAAUCAGGCCAUCUAUUCUGGGCUGCAACAUCCUUCGAGUUGAAUAUUCCUUGCUGAUCUAUGUUAGUGUCCCUGGCUCCAAGAAAGUCAUCCUUGACUUACCCCUGGUAAUUGGCAGCAGAUCAGGUCUGAGCAGCCGGACAUCGAGCAUGGCCAGCCGAACCAGCUCUGAAAUGAGUUGGAUAGAUCUAAACAUCCCUGACACCCCAGAAGCUCCUCCUUGCUAUAUGGAUAUCAUUCCUGAAGAUCACAGAUUGGAGAGCCCCACCACUCCACUGCUAGAUGACGCAGACGAGUCUCAAGACAGUCCUAUCUUUAUGUAUGCUCCUGAGUUCAAGUUCAUGCCACCACCCACUUACACUGAGGUGGAUCCUUGCAUCCUUAACAACAAUGUGCAGUGAGUGUGCCGAAGAAGCAACUGUCUUCUACUUGUUUCUUUCUGCCUCUCUUCUUGGACUCUAAUGUUACGGAGACUCAGUCAGCAGUCUCUACAACGGGGUAUGGGUCCACCCGAGCCUCUGACUCCCCAACAUGGGUGGUAAUCAGCAGGCAAUUCUCGGGCCUCAAAUGGUGCAGACUCGUCCUCAGCCAGUGCCCACACUGUGGUAUAGGAGUGUUUGCUGGGUGGAUUUAAAAACACCCUAGAGAAUUUUGGACUUGGUCCACUUUCUCAGAACUUGGAAAUUAAGACGUUGUUAAUAGUUUGAGAUAGGGUAUCAGUGACCUUCUGGCAUGAUCUUUCCAAGGUUUUUUGAAGGGAAUUAUAGAUUGUGAAAACAACAGCAAACCUUGAACUUGUGUAACAAAGUCAAUACUAGAAAAAAGGACAAUCAUGGCCAAAAUUUUGAAAAAGGAGUGUUUCACUAUUUUUUUUUUAAAUAAGUGUUCCCUUUUGAUUUAUACACUUAAGAAAAAAGAAAACCUUCCAAGGCUGGUGUGGUUUGCACUUUGGAGAGCACAUGCCCUGUGAAUUACAGGGAAGCUGUUCUGAGAUGGCUUUGCUUAAAGUGUACUUUAUCCUGGGCUUAAAGCAGUAGUGACUCUGCCCCACCAAAGACCGUCAAAGCCAUUGUACGGCCUGUUGCACUGUGUUCUCCCAUCGUAAAUAGAAUCAGAUGGGAGAAUCUGGUUUUCUUUUCUUCUGACUCCUUGGAAUCCGUUCUAAGGUGAUGCUCUCAGCACUUUAGUUCCUGUCAAUUUUUUUUUGUUUUCUCUCUAUUACAGAUGUAAGUUACUAGUUUAUGUCUCUGGGGGUAAGCCCAAUGAGAAAAAUUUUUUAAAAAGUGGGGGUUUACUACUUUUGAGACUUGGUCCCAGGGUCAGAAUUCUGACACUGGUCAUAUGAAGGGUUGCUGCUGUCAACCUUGCCCUGCAACUUCUCCAAGCCCCAGGUAGGACUCUUGAUCAAGAUGCCCCAACAUGGAUCAGAGUGCACUGCAGUGAGAAACUAGAGGGCAGGUCUUCAUCAAAGUCCCGGAGACCCGGUUCCUGCUCAGUGUUGGGAGAAAGGGCUGUUUCAACCCCUUCCCUAAAGCCACUAGCACUUGGUCAAUCCCUCAGCCACAGCACUUUGUUUGAUGUCCUGUGUCAGAGCACUGAGCUCCACCCUCCUCUGAGAAUCACUGCAGCCAGAAGUAUAUGGUGAAGGUGGUUUCAUCUUUGUUGUUUUUGUACUUUGAUUGUAUACCUUUUUGUAUGAUGAAAACUAUAUUUUGUACUUAUCCAGAUAUAUUUUCACCCCAAUGUGGGGAUAUCAUUUGUAAAAAAAAAAAUAAUAAAUAAAGUUUUUUAAUG